AUGUUCCGCAAACUCAAGUAUAACUUUACAUUCAAAAUGAGCAAAACUAAACUAACGGUGCUUUUCUACCCGACCGAUGCCGUGGGUCACGUGAAUGCCGCUACUGGUAUAGCAGAGGUACUUAUCCAAGCUGGUCAUACCUGCAUGUUUAUAAUCAGCGAUAAAUGGUCGGGUAAACUACAAAAAUAUGGUAUCCAGGAAUGUAUACUCGAUAACCCUGACACCCCUGCAAACACCUCUACUAAAACUGCUAUAGAGGGCGCUGGAGGGGUUGGAGAGGGAGGUGGGGAAGACCCUGCGCUAUAUUGGGCCAACCUAAUGAAACGCACCGGUACGUUUACGGGGUUAUCGCCACUGACCAGGCUUAUUAAUGUGCGCAAGAAUCUGUAUAAAGCGGAAAUGGAUGACAUCGAAAGGGUUAACCCCGUGAUCGAGGGUUUGCUUAAUAAGAUUAAACCGGAUGUCAUAUUCACGGAUCAGUUCAUGACUGUACCGGCUAUUGAUACGGCGGGUAUACCGUGGGUUUGGUGGUGUAGUCCCAAUCCGCUGGUGUUUUUGGAUGAUGACGAGCUGACACCACCUGGGUGCUCAGGUUUGCCUGCUUCGGGACCUAAAAGCGAGUGGAAAGCCUUCCGGGAGGCCGUCAACGAGGCCUCACUUGAGACCUGGGAGUACUGGAACGCCUACUGCACCUCCAAAGGGGUCAAACCCCUCAAGAAAUACAAAUACCUAAACUUCUCGCCCUAUCUUAAUAUAUACGGCUUUCCCCGGGAGUUGGACUACACAGACAUCCGGCCCUUACCUCCCAAUUGGUGUCAAUUCGAUAACCUUAAGCGUACGGCAAAGGACCUGACGUUUGAGAUACCGGUGCCGUUGAGGGACAGACCGGGAAAAUUGGUGUACUUUUCGUUGGGAUCGAUGGGUGGGGCGGACGUGGAGCUCAUGAAGAGAUUAGUGACUAUUUUGUCCAAAUCUAAGCACCGGUUCAUUGUGUCUAAAGGACCCGGACAUAGGCUGUACGAGUUGGCGGAUAACAUGUGGGGCGCGCCUACUGUUCCCCAAAUACAAGUCCUACCGUUAGUUGAUUUGGUUGUAACCCAUGGAGGGAACAACACUAUCACCGAAACCUUUUACUUCGGGAAACCUAUGUUAGUGUUACCCCUGUUUGGCGAUCAAUGGGAUAACGCACAGAGACUUCAGGAAAAGGGUUUGGGAUUACGCCUGAAUCCACACGAGUGUACGGAACGGGAGUUAUUGACAGCAAUUGAAAUUAUAUGUAUCACCAAUUUUGUCGCGAAACUCCCUGAUAAUAUGAUAUCACCCACGUACCCGACACUUGCCACUAUAUACCAGGUUCAAUAUCAACUUGGCUCUGUGGGCUGUGUAGAAGUAGUCCUGGGUUUCCGACACAUAAACAAAUCCAUUGCAUCCAUGAUAUGCUUAAUACUAACGGCUAUAUCAGUGGCACUCAUACCUGAUUUAGUAAUAUGGGGUCAGGAGUGCGGGCCAUACCUACAGGCGCUUGAAUUCACGACAAGUAUAGCCGGUAUAGUCGCCCCUCAAAUACUAAACCCAUUUCUACCUGAUAACUCAAGUAGCACUGAUAAUAAUCUUAACUACGAUAUGAUCAUGGUGAUUCAAUCGAGACUCGCUAUACCUUUUGCCAUAAUAGGCAUAAUAAUCGGAAUCUUUGCGCUAAUCAUAGGUUCUGUGUAUUUAUUCCGUACACAUAUCCCACAGAAUAUUCUGGUGGCAAAUGUGGGCACUCCGGAGACAAAUGAUGACAAAAGUACCAUGAACAUAUUUCAAAAAUAUUGGCAUAAUUUAAAAUAUCGUUUCAAAACGCAACUAAUGCCCACAAAACGCAUACUUGUGCUGAUCUGCCUGUGCUCGGCGUUAAACGCUAUGAUAAACGGCGCAAACAACGCAACCAUUAAUAAUAUGUCAGAAUUUGCACAGAAAUCGGAACUACAUGUCAGCCCCUCGUCCCUGAUCAGUUUAUGGAUA